CUUCCUGAUUGGUUGGCCUACCUUGUUGCGGGUAGUGCUCUCUCAACGGAUUUUGACACAAAAACCAUCUGCCUCCAUACCAUUCUCGACUUGAUUGAGGCCUCUACUUCCAUUCACGGUUGGACCGCGUGUGUUGCUGACCAGCGACAACCGGGCGAGAACGGUAGAAGCCACGUUAAUCCUCCACCCAAGCAAUCCCAAUGGGGUCCCAGUGGCCUCCUUCUUCCGAUUUUAUCCAAGGAAGUCCUCAACACUCUCGCAUCCACCUUGGACUUUUUCUCGUCUGGUGGUUCAAAAUUCAAGUCGAGUGUUGGAUUUGCAGCUAUCUUUUUACCAAUCACCUCCUACCAAAUAUUACGCCGGUUUAACGUGUGGGAGCACUUGGGGAGGGAAAUUAGCGGGGGUGGGGUUGGCAUGGCAAAUGGUGUUACUGCUAUUACCAAUGGUUUUUGUUCUCUUCCCUUAUGUCCGCCCGUGAAGAUAUCGGCUGUGACGUUGUGGUCCUUCUUGAAUGACUCUUCGUAUGCGGAAGAUGCAGCUUCGCUGAUUCUUCGAGUAAUCUCUGUCUCUCCUCACAACACUUUCGCUUCAACCGAAGCCGUUGUUGAAAAUUUCUUCGUUCAACAAUGCCUCCUGAUCCUUCUGGAUGGCUUGGAGGCUACAAGUCCAACCAGCACGUCGUGUUCAGGCGUAGGCGAGUUAUCCAAAGCCCACGAAUUGAAUUGUACAAACGACGGUACUGAUGAUGAUCAUGUGCAAUUUGAAAUCCGCCAGAUUACUAAAAAUUGGCUCGUCUCCGCUUUGAGUGGUGGGCAAGCUGGACGGAUUUUGGCUCCAUUGUUUGCGACUCUCCUUCAUCCUUCCACUGCUCGAACUAGCCUCGUCUCCAUUCGUAGUCGACGAAGACGUCUUAGAAUGGCUAAGAAAAGACGCAAUAGGCGGCGAUUGAGGCAAAGUGUGAAUCCGAGAAACAGCGAUGUCGAUGGCCAGACGAAGGAAACCGAUGGAGGCCUCUUUUCUGGGGAUGAGUCCGAGGAUGCCGACGAGGGCUAUGAGGAUUUUGAUGCGGAUUUGGAAUUGGAGGAUGGGGAUUUGAACGAUUACGAUUAUGACGAGGAGUGGGAGGAGUACGAUCGCAACAUCUGCGCCCUCUCUGGGGGUUCACCCUCUGGAGAGGUCCACUUUUACGUCUCCAAUAGGCCCUCUCAGGCAUCCCCGAAGGAGUCAGGUGCGAAACGCAAGAAGCGCCUCGGGGUCUUCUCCAAGACGCCUAUUCUGCGUCGAAAGAAGAAGGGAGCCGGAGGUGACGGCACUGGAAAUGCAGUUGGAGGCGACGUCUUUGACGAGGAAUACCACCCCGUGGAUGUUAUGACUCGUCUUCAAAACAGCGGCAAUCGAAAUAAUGACGUUAAUGGAAUGAAAGUUGAAGAACGCAUCUCUCUGGACAGGAUUCGCCGAGAUGUCAUCCAGGGACUUCUAGCGGAGUUGUUGAAGCCUGCUUCUGAUGAUGGAGAAACACUCACUUCGCGAAGCCAAUCACCCUUCGAUCAAAUGAUUGCACUACCUGUAAAAGUUCUACCGAUUCAUGAGCAUCUUCUCGUCUAUCUUCACAAGUAUGAUUUCAAUCAGGUGAUGUACGCCUUCACAAGACUUCGAGCCAUUCUCAAGAGUGACGCGGCCUCCGCUUUCCUACUUGCUCUCGCUGCGACGCCAACAACGGCAAGGAGGUCCACCUCCUCACUGUCCAAGACGAGACAGGAAGUUCCACACUUCGCCACCAGCGCGUUUCCCCAACUUUUUGGAACUUCGCUAAUUGACCUAUUGGCUCGUCACUUGCGUUGCCUCUCCGCUGGUGGAUGCGAUGACUUUGCUCGACAUGCAACGGCGGAUGAACUCUGCGCCGUUUCUGAUCAGAGAAUGCGUAGUCUGCUGGAUGUUCUACUUCAUGUCUGCAUCUCAUUCCACGUCUCCCUCGUUCUGCCUGAUGUCCAAUGCCCUCUGAAUCAAGCCGCCAAUUCAAAUGUUCGCCUCAUUGCUGCUCAGGUGCUUCAACUUAUUACUGAGGUGAGUGCUGCGCCUUGA